UUUUAAACUAAUUGUUCCGCAUCAUAAAAAUAUCGAAAGAAGGAAGUGUCAUUAAUAGAGCUACUCAUUUAAAUACCAUACAUUGUGUUAAGAGUGCAGUGAAUGAAAAGAGGAUAUAUUGUGUAACAAGAGUACAUGAAUUUUCAUUAAGAUUUAUAGGUUAUGUUCUUUUUAACCACUCAGUCAGAUAUUUUCAGUUAUAAUAUUUAAGUUAAAAUUAGAGAUCAUUCUGCACAUGUGACUCAAACUGUCUCGUACAGUAUAUUAUUUCAGUAUAAAGAAGUGAAACAAGUUUAGGCCAGUUUCAGAUGAUGAAGUCAGACCCUGAUAUAUGUGUGUGUAAUCCCAUCACAGACAACUAUACAACAUUUGAAAUUCUGAUACAGACAAAUAACCCAGCAUUCACCUUGAGGCAGUCACGUACAAGGAGGAGGUACAAUGAUUUCUGCUGGCUUAGGAAGAUACUGAAGAAACAUCAUCCCUUAUCAUGUGAGUGUCCAGUACUUCCAGAAAAAAAGAAAUUUUCAGAGAGAUUUGAGAUCCAGUUUCUUGUGCAGAGGAUGAAAGAGCUGGAAGACUGGCUACAAAGGGUUGUGGCUGUAAGCCUGUAUCUAUCUGAUACAACUUUACAUCUGUUCUUGCAAACCAGUCUGACAUGCCAGCAAAUUGAAGCAUAUAUUAAUGGGAAACUGUCAGACAGUGAGGUUAAGCGGGGAUACAAAGAAGCAGAGCUACAUCUUGAUGAGAAUAUAAGUUCCACUGCAUUAGAAGUAAAUAAACAAGAUGAAGCAGGUGGUGCCAGUGGACUGUCAAGCUCAGUAAGUUUGGAAGUCAAUCAGAGUUCACCUGUCGCGAUUAGAUCUCGGUCCCCAGCGGUACUGCACAACAUGCAGGAACGCUCAGACAGUGGAAUUGCAGAGUUUGACUCGGAUACGGAGUCUUCGUAUGAUUCACAGGGUUCGCCGUAUGUUAGGUCUUUAGAUUCGGGAAUGAUUUCUGACAAAUAUCCUCCACUCACUGAAGUUUCUCAAGAUUUAUCAAAUAGAAAUUCUAACAAUGGCUCAGACAAACUUGUAAGCGGCCUAGUGGAGUCAAGCAGCGAUUCAGACAAAAUGUUGCAAAGAAAACAGAACACAUGUGAAGGAAUUGAUGAAGUGUCAGCAUUCAAAGUAGAAACUGUAUUUAAUCCAAAUGUGUUUAGUACUGAUGUAGAAAUAAAUGUAUGUUCAGGAGAAAAGUGCAAGAUCAGUGGUAAUGAAAGAACACUUGAGCAUGAUUUAGACCGGACUUCACAGGGUGCGAUCAAUGAAGUUGUUUCUAACAGAAGUGAUAACAUUGAGGAUAAGGAAGAUUUGAGAAACACGGAAAGUUGUGUAAAACCGAAACAAAUGAGUCAAAGAGUACAAAUGGGAGUUCUUUUCCGUUAACUUUCAAACUGAAGGAAGUUGCUGAUUGUGAAAUUUUAUUUAUACGUCUCUUUGUUAGACAAAUGAUAAUUCAAACAGCCCUGAAAAAGUUCUGUCACCUUAUCCAGAGUUAGGAUGUACUUCUGCUCAUAUUAACAGAUGGGACCAAAUUAUCAAAAUCUUGAUAUGGUUGUUAUAGCUGUGUUGUUGUAUAGAACUAUUGUGUGUGGUUUAAAAAUACAUAGAUAUCAGGCUAAGGUUUGUUCUUGAAAAGGAGAAUGCAAAGACUGUUUCUUUUAAUGAGUAUUAAAUGGGUAGUCAAAUAUUUUAAGUUCAGUUUGUUUUAAGGCUAAGGAAAAUUAUUCUCAUCUGGUUUAAUAUAGAAUUAUUUUUUAGCAGUUUCUUGUUCUUAGUGGUUUUGUUUGGAAUUUGGUAUUGAAAUUAUCAGUACUUAGGUUAGCUCUGUUUGGAGUAUCAACAUCUGGUACAAAUUCUUUGGCUUUUUACAGUUUUGACUCUAGAGGUCUGUAAUAUAAUUUGUGACUGGACUGUUGCCAGUCUUGGUAGAAAUGACCAGUUCUAUUUCAUUUUAUUUCAGUGGUUUAUUGAAAUAUAACUGUUUCAGUAGAUUAUACUUGUAAUUUUCACUGUUUCAAACAGUGAAGUUAUCAAAAACUGUAAUUUUGGCUGGUAAGGAACUAUACUUGAAUGCUGAUGAGUAAGAAUGAUAGAUACUGGCAAAUUCUGAUCAGAAAUGUGUUUUGAUAAAAAAAAACAUGUACAUGGCUAAACGGAAAUCUGUAGUAACUCCUUUAUUUAAUAUGAGAUGCAACAGUUUCCUGUUCAACUGUCGAUACAUACCAUCAAAGAACAUGACAAAUGAAAAAAAUAAUUUGCACGUAUUUCAAGUCUGCUAAUGUUCUACAACUAUUUAAAUUGUUCCAGCAUAAAUAUUGUGACAUGAAGUUUUUGUGUGUUUAGUGUGACAUGCAUUGUAUGUGAUGUAGCGCAUGUAAAAUGGGAAAAAUUUGUUUAAAACCAGAAAAGGUAUAUUAUGUUAGAACUUACUAAGAAGAUUAUUUGUUUGUUUCAGUUAAAAGUCACAAUAUCUUUCACUCUCGAGCACCAAAUUCUCAAUUAGUUCAAACCAAUGUUUUCACUCAUGCCUUUACAACUUGUAAAAAAAUUGCAUCUUUUGUUUACUUGGUGCCAAGUGUGAAAUUACAGAUUAGUUGUUUUUGAGUGAAAGGAAUUUUGAUUUCUCUCUUGGACAAACAGAUGUUCCUUAUGUAAGCAUAGAUUUAUAUAUUGUAAGCAUAUUAUACAUCUUUUAUAGAGACUCAUCUCUAGAUGAAUAAAGUUAAAUUUUAAAUAUAAUCAAAAUAUUGUUGAUUGGGUAAUAUUGGCACUGGCUUUAUUAAGUGAUAUCAUGGUAAGCUGCCUUAUUGACAGUGUUAACAGGUCUUAAAACAUGAACUUUUGUGUUAGGACAUUUUACAGAUUAAUGUUCUUGGAUAUUUUGAAUUCUCACAUAGAAUUAUUUGAAGCUAUUUGUGAAAAAAAGCCAUUGCAUGUAUUGCCCAAUCUACAGACUCUGCUAUUCUUAUUUUGAUAUUUAUUCCUAAUUAUUGACACUUUUAUUUACAGGAAAAAUAAACCACUUUAGUUAACAUGAUUUUCCAGUGCAAAAUCUAUACUUAAGGUUUAUCACAGUUUUACAUGUAUUGCUAUCCUUUGUGUAAAUUUACAAGGUGUGCACAUGUUAUUCAGUAAUAUAUUUAACUUGAAAGAGUCUUAUUAACAGUUUGUGAUAAAAUAUCUGGUGCUUUUGUUCAGGGUGAGCUAUUAAUAUUAUGCUUAUGGUCCUGCAUCCAUCUUCAGUCAUCAACAUUUUGCAUGCAACACCCCAGAACCUGCAGAAUUACACCAAACUUGGUCUUUAGCAUCCUUAGGGAAGGUCCCCUCUCAAGUGUGUUCAGAGUGGGGUAUUCCAUAGAUCAUCAUCAAACUGGCUGUAGCAGUGGUCUUUAGCAUAAUUAUAAGGUCCUCUGUCAUGUUUGUUAAUAUAGGGGUACUUGAGCCACUUUUAGCAGCACCUCUUCUCCUGAAUCACUUCAUGGAUUUCACCAGACUUGGUCUGUAGCAUCAUUAUAACGUCCCCUCUUCCCGUUGUUCAAAUGGGGGCACUUGGCCUAUUUUUAGGGUCAUUAGAGUUCAGAGUAGGAGUACCUUUAAACAGCUUCUCAUCAAACUUGGUUAGUAGUAUUUUUCUUUGUUCAAUUUCUUCAGUGGAUGCACUAUCCCCUUUUUAGGGGUCACUAGUGGUACAAUUUUACUGACAUGGUAUUUGCAAGAUACCUUAAUAAAUUACAAAAACAAAAACUAAAAACAUUGUAACACUUUUGAAAUAAUGGAGAAAUAUCAGCAUUCUUGCUUCUGUACCAAGAUUUAACACUUAUUUUCCUUCACUUUAUAAAGUUGUCAUAUAUAUACAUACUAUGCCUUUGGUAGGAAUGAACUUGAUGUAAAAUUUCACCUCGACUGUAGACAAAUAGAUGAAUUAUUUGAAAACUUUGUUUUCCACUUACAAGAAAAAGUAUCUGAAAAUUUGAAUUGUUGUGGUGAUUAUGUAUUAAGAAAUGUAUUUAAAUCAAAAGCUGUGAUGUGACAGAUAUAUAUUCUCCUGUCCACUCAUUUUACCUUGUGUACAAGUUUUUAUUUUUAAUUGUUUAAGAUUUUAGCAAUUGUUAAUCAAUAGCUGCAGAAAAAUCAAAAUAAAAAAUCAUGGAUAUAUGGAAA